CGUCAACUCGCGAAGACACAAAAUAUGAGCUCACCUUUCACGUCCUGCAGACACUGCGCGCUCGCUCGCCAGCGGGGAUUCCGGCCGCUCUCUCCUGAGACCUCCCGCAUGUUUUCCCCUCCCAUAAUGGCCACGGCCGGCCUCCUUCCAUUGCUUGUGUGGGCGUAAUGGAGGUACUCUGGAAUAUAUAUGCGUGAGCAUACCUCCCCCCACCGCCCCACCGCCCCACACCCUUCCCCCUCCCCCCUGUGAACUAACUUCACUUCCCGAGUUUUGCGCUUGUCCCAUCCCAUCCCUAUUUCCUGUCCCUCACGUAUCUAUCUUUCGAGAGAGAGAUCACAUUGCAACCGACCGACCGACUGUCACUGGCCCCAUAGAUACAAUGUCCUACGGCUUCCCCCUUCAAGAGUACAUCGGCGUUCCUCCUAAAAAAGGGCACCCCGAACCCAUCGAGCGCGGCGACGACAUCGAGGUCGAUCCGAAACUGCUCGAAGAUGGCUAUGAUGAUGACUAUGAGAGUGCGGGCUACGACACCAGCACGGCGAGUCUGACCUCGUCGGUGAACGAGUACGUCUACGAGAAUGGCAGGCGGUAUCAUGCAUACUAUGGGAUGGAUAAGAACGUGAUUCCUACGGAUGAAACUGAGCAGGAUCGAAUGGACCUCCACCACGAAAUCUUCCUCAAGCUGGUCGGCGACCUUCACAAAGCGCCCAUCGGUCCCAAUCCCCAGGCAAUUCUCGACAUCGGCACCGGCACCGGGAUCUGGGCCAUCGACAUGGCCGACAAAUAUCCUAGCGCCGAAGUGAUCGGCAUGGAUCUCAGUCCCAUCCAACCCGGCUGGGUCCCGCCAAACUGCCGCUUCGAACUCGACGAUGCCGAGGAAGACUGGACGUACCAUCAAUGCAAGUUCGACUUCGUGCAUGCGCGGAACGUCGCGCAGGCGAUCAACAACUGGCCAAAGCUGAUGCGGCAGAUCUACCGGGCCACCAAACCCGGAGGCUACGUCGAGCUCGCCGAGCUCAACACAGUGAUGCGCAGCGACGACACGACGGUGCGGGAUACACACGGGCUCAAGAUCUACAUGGACAAGCUCGGGGAGGCGAUGGUGAAGCUCGGCCGCCCCGCGAACAUCAGCGACACAUUUCUUAAAUCAGCGCUCACGCGCGCGGGGUUCGUCGACGUCACCGCCAUCCGCUACAAGCAGCCGAUCGGCCCGUGGCCCAAGGACGAGCGCCUCAAAAAGAUUGGCAUGAUGUGUUUGCUGUCCGCUAGCACGGGGUAUCAUGCGUAUGGCAUGAUGGCGUUCACCAGGAUACUCGGAAUGGAUCCUAAGGCCGCUGAUGACCUCUGUAACGAGGCCGCUGCCGCGUCGAAGAAUAAGAAUAUCCAUGGGUAUAAUUACUUCUGGGUGGUGUACGGACGGAGGCCGUUGUGAUGUGAUGGAUGGAUGGGGGUAUUAUGGGUUCAAGCCUCUCUUUCGGUAUUACGCGGAAGGUACGGAGGGGCGGAUACAUAGCCGCUUGAGUUUGAGGUUUGAUCGAUUGGCGUUUAUGUUAGCUGUUUCGGCAGUUCUUUGGUUUGGUUUCGUAGUUUAUACCUGCGGGAAUAAUAUCCCUACCUAUCGUGAAUCACAUACCCCUUUGACUUAACUCGCCUAAUGAAUCAGG